UGUGAUCAAAUCGGUAUCCGAUGCGUCUCUUCAGCUCAGUUCGGAGGAGGAGAGGAAGCACGUUUUGUUGUGAGCUGCCUCUGCUUUGUGUCCGUUGCUUUUGCUUUCAAUACCUAGGAAACCAAACUUCGGAGAUACAAAAAUUUCCUGCUUUUGGAAACUAGUGUGCGAGGACCAAUUGAAAGGACAAAAUGAGCUCCACUUACAGCAGUCUUCAUGACAGUUACGCUUCAAACAAAAUGAGGUCGACCAGCUGCGUGACGUUAGUCGUGGUUUUGGGCUGUCUGACCGUGCUCGGGACCCUGUUGGCCAUCGCUGUGUUGGAAAGGCCGCCGGACCCCGAGGACCACGAGGCGCUUCCUGAGGAAGCUGCAGGGAGCAGUUUCCACACGGACCAGUGCAGCAUGGCGCUGGUGGAGAGCAUCCCUCAGCAAGUCAGCUACGAAGCCAACGAAACCAUCGGGAUCCCCCUGGAGAAGGUCUGGAAGGAUCUUCUCUCCAUGGCCAGGGACCAUGUGCAAGUGGCCUCCUUCUACUGGACUUUAACAGGGGAAGACAUCAACGUUAAUUCCUCCUCCGACACACUUGGAAGGGACAUCCUGAAAGAACUCGCGGAACUGCCCUCCAGGAACGUAUCCGUCCGCGUGGUGACCAGCGUUCCGUCCGUCCGGACAAACUCCACCGAUCUAAACAUCUUGAAGGGCAAAGGGGUUCAGGUGAGGACGGUGAACUUCGGACGCUUGACAAGGGGAGUCCUCCACAGCAAGUUCUGGAUCGUCGACGGGAGACACGUGUUCAUUGGAAGUGCCAACAUGGACUGGAGGGCUCUCACGCAGGUGAAGGAGCUGGGAGUCGUCGUCUACAACUGCUCCAGUCUGGCCAAGGACCUCCACAAGAUCUUCCAGUCCUACUGGGUAAUGGGACAAUCCCACAGCUCCCUGCCACAGCCCUGGCCGGCCCGGUAUGACACGGCCAUCAACCAACAUCGCCCCCUGGUGGUGAGAAGUGGUAAUGUCUCCAGCAGCGUGUACCUCACAGCGUCUCCAGCCUCGUUCUGUCCCGUGUCGAGGACUCAGGACCUGGAGGCUAUUCUCUCCAUCAUCUCGGAGGCGCAGCGCUACGUCGACGUAGCCGUCAUGGAGUACUUCCCCACCACGCGCUUUGAGAAGCCCCGGAGAUUCUGGCCUUUCAUCGACGAUGCCAUCCGGGCCGCGGCAUUCGAGAGGAGGGUUAAGAUCCGGAUGCUGAUCAGCUGUGGGCGGGACUCCGAUCCUGCCAUGCUGCCCUUCCUGAGGUCUCUAGCCUUAAUGGACAGCCCUCACCAGAAUAUCAGCAUCCAAAUAAAACUGUACAUUGUGCCUGUGGGAAACCAGUCUGAUAUUCCCUUCUCCAGAGUGAACCACAACAAGUACAUGGUGACGGAUAAAGUAGCCUACAUUGGUACCUCCAAUUGGUCAGGAGACUACUUUCUGACCACAGCUGGAGUGGGUCUGGUGAUUUCCCAGCAUGCUCCUCACCCUGAACGGAAGACCAAGGCCUUGCAGGGUCAGCUCAGGGAAGUCUUUGACAGGGACUGGUACUCUCAGUUUUCUGUGGCCCUUGCUGAGCCGGGGCGCCACCACCCCGAUUGUGCACUAUAAAGAUGACAGAAGCAUCUUUAUAAAAGCAUUAU